AUGGUUGUGAAAUACACCAUGGAGGACCAAGUGGUGAAAAGGGAGAGCAAAUUCGAGCAUCCGUUACCCAAAGCUCUCCGAGACACAAUUCGGGAAGUGGCGGAAAUACCUGGAACUGCGGCUGCAUCCCUCGUGACAUGGUCCCAAGAGAACCCUAAUGCGGCCGAUGCUGACAUCCCAACCUGCAGCCAGGUGAGCCGACGUAAAGCCCUACAACGGGUUCGGCACCAGGAGAACAGCAUUAAGCAGGUCCAAGCUCUGGUAUCUUAUUUGCAGGAGCGGGAGGUCGGUCAGGAUUGGGAAUUCGAGAUUCUGGCGGAGGACAUGGCCCAGGGCAUCAGGUGUUUUUCUUGCGGGUUCUACAUGAGUGUGUUCGAAGAGCACAAAACAGCCAUCAGACAGCACGGCCUUCGGUUGGGGUGCGAUGCCACGCACGAAAUCUCGAACUCUCGAGUGAAACUUUUUGCUUUGGGGUGGUUAGCACAGCAUGAUGACGAGGGUGUUAUUCGGAACACGUUCAUCCCCUUGGCUUUUGCGCUGGCACUAUCCGAAGACAGCAAUGCAACCGAGUUGCUGCUGCAGAGCACCGACAGGCAUUUGCAGGAAGCAUGUGGGUGCACGUUGAAAGAGGCCAAGGUAGCUCAUCUUGAUGGGGGCACCGGCCUAGUGAAGGGAUUCCAGGACUACUUUGGUACUGCGGUGCCUCUAGCCAGGAGUCUGCAGCACAUCAAGCGGAAUAUCCAAAAGGAAGGUGUCAAGAAGCUGCGGAGGACGAGCUGGUGGGACACAGUGCAGCGCUGGGUCAGUUUCAGUGCUUUCCUCCGCAAUGACUCCGUUUUUGAUCGCUUCUGGCACCAUGCCUUAGCAAUUCUCCGGAGGCACGAUGAAGACAUGUUCGAGCAAUAUUUGGCUUCAGACAUACUGAGCCAGUCGGGUGGGAAGUGGACGGCUGCUUGGAGAGCCGGCCCUCUGGAGCCGGGCUAUGGUCCGUACGCUCUCAACUCCGUGGAUUCCUUCUUUAAAAUCCUGGACCAUUAUGUGCCGGAGGAGGCGGUUCUACCCCUGAUAGAUGUGGUCUCCAAAUAUGAGCAUGUCGGGCGGAUUUUCCAACACGAACAGAAAUGGUCCGAAUUGUGGCUUGCCGUUUCCACGCUAUGUACACCCGCCAUUUUGGGCGAGAUCCCCAACAGUUUGACCGAACGCUUGGAACAUUUCCACGGCAAACAAGUUCGGCGCAUGAGCGUAGCUGGCAUCAAGCGUUUGCUGGACGGUGGCAAAGACAUCCGGGUGGAAGUUGCCGUGGAUGGUGCAACCACAUCGGUCUUCUGCAAGUACCACCCCGACGACUUCGAUGAGCAGAAGAUGCGCAUAUUGGCCACAUUGGAGAUGACAAGCGAUGCCGAGGGGGUGGACGCGAGCUUCUUAGCCCUUGAAGCACUUACAGAAGAGAAGGAUGGGACUCACUUCCAUCCUCGUGUGCUUCGAACACUGUAUUCGCAAUUCACCACAGUGUACCCGCACGGUGCAGCCACCUUGGAAUCGCACCAAGAUUUCGGUCAAGCUGGGAUGACCGAGCAUUAUGCGCUGUGCCAAUUGGAGAAAGGGGUUCUGGCUUUGCCUGACAAAUUUUCCAGCUUGAAGAAGCAAAGCCACCCCACAGGCAGGCCCAAGGGCAGACCCAAAGGCGUCGCGAAAAAAAUUGCGAAAGCCCCAGCUCGUGGAAGAGGAGGAGGCCGGUCAGGGAGGGGUGGUCGUAAGCGCAAAGCUUCGGAAGCAGCUUUGCCGGCCUUGGAGUCGGCGGACGACGUCCUGGCAGACUGUUUUGCGUUGGAUCCAUUGGAGGUGGCAAGCGCAAAGGGGGAAACCGUGCUUCGUCCUGAUCCCGCUCCUGGCACACCCCCAGACUUGGCAGGACGCUUCUCCAUCAUGAUGGAGGAGGGCAUCUUGCCCGCCACCACCCAGGAACAGCGAAGACACAAUGUGCGCACCCAGGGUACAACUUACGGGGUGGUGGCGGUGAUCCGAACACUGUUCUCCAAGGGCCUGCAGCUCGGUCCGGCAUACCGCUUGCAGUUCCCUGGCGGCGCCCUUCCGAUGCAACUGGCACCCCAAUGGCUUCUCGACAUUGCAGGCAUAGCACGGAGUUUGCAGGAAUCACAAAGAACUGGCACCCGUGCACAGCACGGCUUGGUACGGGCAUGCUCCAAUCCGUUCGUUGUCUAUGAUUUGCCCAACGUGCAGCAGCCAUUUGGCCCUGUGCGCCUUACUUCGUUGAACCUGUGUGAAGGUGAAGUGGUUGAAUGUGCCGCCGUAUGUCAGUCAACCGGCCCAAUGGCAUGGCACGGCUUGGAGGAUAUGGUCCCGGUGCUGCUGAUCCUGGGCACAGGGUCUCUUCUCGUCUUUGAAGCCGAUGCGGAUAUCAGCGUAGUGGUUUGCAUAUCCUAUUCACCCAUUCAGGGUGCAUCCAGUACGGCAUUGGGAAGCAUUCUAUGCGCAGCUUUUCCUCUCUCACAGAAGCUGGUUGCAGGGAGCCAUGCAAGUCUGCUGAAGAUGGUGUUGCUAAUGCGAGGACUGUUGGUCGUGGAUUGCGAUGAUUAG